GUUAGCAGUCAAUCUUUACCCGCCUGAGCUUACUUGAAUCAUUGUUCGAUGGUCUAUUGUCCGCUAUGCGUAUCAGGCUGAUGUCAGCAUCAUGGCGGAAGAAUGCGGUCUCGCCAAAAUCCUGCACAGGAGGAAUUCGUGUCUCAUGAAGGUGCUGCUGCACGAAGUAUUGCGGGAGUCAAUGCCCUCAGAUCUGUGCAUCUUGCUGUUCCGAGGAAGGAACCUGGCUAGCUUUUUGCGGGGCGUUCAUGAUUUUUGCCUUAUGAAGAAGUGGAAUAAGAAGGCGAUGUCGUACAUGUUCCCCUUGUUCGUUUGUGAAGGACUAAGUGAGGAGGUAUAUGCCCUAAAGCAGAAGGCGAAGACGUGGGAUGAGUUGGAGAGUUCCUUAAGGCUAAGAUUCUCAGAGGAUGGAAUGGAAGGCCAAUGUGGAGAAUGCUCUGUGAAACCAGUCGUGGGUGCCCCAUCGCAGGCAGAGUUGAGUGGAUUGCAGAGACAAGUGGGAGUAUUGGAAGGAAGGUUAGCACGGCUGGAAGAGGCCAGGAAAGGCAAGCGAAAGGUUUCAAAAGAUUCCCCAAGUAAGCCAGCUGGCCAGAGUGGAAAAUGGAUAGAGGAGGAUGACCGAGAGUCACCCCUCUCGAUAGCAGCCCCAAAGAGACGAGUCGGUGCUCAGGCGAGAAACAAAGGCGAAGGAUUCGUUGAAAUAAAGGAGGAGCCGGAUGCUAAUGUGACCCUGGCUGUUAUGGCGCCGAUUCCAAAGAGGGGGCUCAUUAACGGGGAAGCAUCCUCGGCUGCAGGUCAUGAGAGGCAAAAGAAUGGGUGGUGGCCAGAACACUGGGUAAAAGGGGUAUGCGAUUGUUGGGGAAAGACUGGUCGUACCCCUCAAGGAAAUAAAGAAAAGGGCGUGACGGGAGAAAAAGGGAAGCUUGAACCUCCCAAGUUGACAAAGGCGCAGCGGAAGGCAAGGAACCUCGCUCAGGGCGGUCAAGCUACCGAAAAGGGGCAGAGUUCGCGGCAGGUAGCAAUUACCCCGCGAGAGCUGGGAGGUGAGGUAAGGCCAAUGGGGCCUCCUCCGAUCGAACAAGCUUUGCGUGGGCAGUGGGCGUUGUGUAACCAAAUGGGCUUGUGGUCGGCAUAUAAUCCUUACAUGCCCUGGGCGCAAGGUAAUUAUAUGGGCCCUUUGAUGAACAUUAUGCCCCGUGUGCCCCCGCCAGUCCAAAUCCAACCUGUCGGACCUUUAUGGUCGCCGAUGCAGCAAGUGCCGCAGGAUGGUAUGGCAGGUAGAAGGGGCCAAAGGCCAGCAGUUGGAAGGGGCCGAGGACAUGGCGGGGGUGGCAACACGGGCCGAGGAGAUGGCGGGCGUGGCAACACGGGCCGAGGAGAUGGCGGGCGUGGCAACACGGGCCGAGGAGAUGGUGGACGCGGCAAUGGAGGUCGUGGGAAUGACAGACAAGGCGUUGAGGGUCGCGAUGGGAGUCGGUGAGACCAUAAGUGGGGCUCAAAGAAGAAAGGGGCAUGAUGGUGCUGAAUGAGAUGGCCAUUAGGGUGAGCCAGGUGAUCAA